AGCUUGCCCUCCAUUGGUGCAUUUUUAGUUGCUAACCCCGCCCACUUGUCAUGUCACAUGAUCUAGCCUAGAUUUACUUUGCAGUUCAGUAUUUGCAAACAAGCAUUAGCCCGUUUGUUAUUUUCCUACAGGUUCUUUAGCGAUUAGUCCCACCUGGCUAAGGUGCAAUGUCGUCGUGGGGACAAGGCGACAGACGGCCUCAACCCAAACGGAGGUCGUGUUAAACCUCUUCGAACAUUUCGAAGACCAGCACCAUACCCCGUGAGAGAAGACCGGAUGAACGACCACAAAGACUUAAAUUUAUGAGGAGACCAACAGCAUGACUACUCCGGUAACAACUUGGACUAUGAAGGAUAUCAACAAAAUGCUUCUCUCAAGGUUUUACAAUCCAGCUGACAACCGUAGUGCCCUCUACCAGCGGUUCUACAAGCAACUUCACAAGGCACCUGCUGGCUGUGUGGUCCUGUCUGUGAGCAACCAGAGCAUGCGAGUACCUCACCUUCAAGCAAAUAGGGAAUAGCCAUGGCCAAGUCCACUGAGACAUCUGAUGGCCUCCUUCCUGAGAGGACGAAGACGUUGCCUCCUGGUUUAGGGAAACCCCCACCGCUGCUACCCACCCCCUCAGGCCCUCAUGGCAGAGAGACGCCUCCUGGGAUGAGAGAGCACUCUGCUACCCCCCUCAUGACUUCUCCAGUCUCUGAUCUGUAUCCUAUCUGGGCCCCAAGACCAAGCCCCCUCCACUGCUGUCCGUGCACCAGGGUCAAGGGCCCCCCCAUAGUCCCCCAACCCUCGUGCCCCCCUUUCUACACACGGCCUCCGCGGUCCGUUACAUCGAGGACCCCCACACUACCACGGCCCCCGAGGAGCCCCACCUUCACUGAAGAGCCUUCAUAUGGGACCCCAGCCUGCGCUGUUCACCUGUCCAGGUGGUCUCCCUAACACACCCAGGCGCUGAGAGAACAUUAUCUCUAGAACACCAUGGACAGACGGCAGAAAGCAUCAUACUGUCCUGAGGAGUGGGAUCUCCUUCAGCUCAGUGCCAUCUGCUGCCCCCUCAGGAACCCACACUAGUACUCCUCAUCCAGAACAAUGUGUUGAUAGAGGAUCCAUAGUUCAGCAAGCUGAAAUAAAAUAUUGUGAGUUGCCUUUGACUAUUUGGGAGUUCACAGCUCAAUUUUUAUGAGUGUGAGUUGACCCACUACUAUGUUCAGGAGCAAGUCAGAACAAAUUAUCAGAUUUUAAGUUUCAUUCCCAGAUUCUUUGUUUUAUAUUUGUCUGUUUUUGUCUUUCUUUUAACUGGAAAUUGUCUGUAAAAUGCUAUGCCGGUAAUACAUAACACAAUAAAGGCUAAACAAGCCAAAAUAUCUAUA